AGAACAGAAAACAUUCAAAGUGAAAAACAUAGAUAAACAACUAAGAAACCAGCAAACAGUGAAAUACACCAAGAAUUAAAAUCAAAUCACAAAAGCUUUUUCUUUAUAUAAUAAAAACAAGCAAAAAAACAAUAUGACAACUCAGUCCUGGUGCGGCAGAGGUUUCAAACCUCGAGUCUUUCCCCAACACAAACCCACCGUGUGCUACAACAAACCAGCCGCCGCACAAGUUUCUCAUAGUCAAUACGAUGACUUGCGCUAUCAGGCUAUAACAGGUGAGGUGAUCGAGACCUUGAUUGUGCCCAAACGUCAAGCAAAAACCUGGACUAUGCAAAAGGAUGAUUUGUGUCGUGUUACAGUAAGUGAGGGUUCUCAAGUGGGCGAUAUGAAUUUUUGGAAUUUGGACAACACCAAAGAACAUUUCUAUUCGGGUAAAACACGUCAAUUGCACAGCACCCAUUUAAAGGUGUACGAUCGUUUGUGGAGUUGUUUACCCUAUCUGAGGCCUAUGGCCACCUUUGUUUAUGAUUCGUUGGCCAAGUAUGGCAUAGAUGAGGAUGGUGGCUCGCUGCAUGAUGUAGUGGGCACUAGAUGUGAUGAUUAUACGUACAAAUUGAUAACGGGCAAGAAUCGUGUGGGCAGUUGUCAUAGUUCGUUGGUUAAGGCUGUGACUGAGGAGCGCGGUUUGACGGAGGAGGAUGUUCAUGAUGUGUGGAAUAUUUUCAUGUGUACGGGAUUUACCAGGGACACCCAACAAUAUUUCUGCAAACCCAGUCCCGCUCAAAAAGGCGACUACAUUGAAUUCAUAGCCGAAAUGAAUUUAUUAGUAGCCUUAAGUGCCUGUCCCCAAGGAGAUGUUUCUAUACCCGUGGGUCAAGAGGUGCCCGAUGACAAGUGUCAUCCUUUGCAAGUGGAAGUUUUUCGCCAAAAAUAAAAUGCUAAUUUAAUAAUAAAAAAAAUUACUAAAAAUAAAAAAUAAAAUAAAAAAAAUAAUCUUCGACCGUGACAGGACUCGAACCUGCAAUCUUCGGAUUCGAAGUCCGACGCCUUAUCCAUUAGGCCACACGGUCCUUGUGCUGGUAUUUAACUUGCUGGCAAUAUAACACAUUAUUUGAGGUCCUUUUACAAAGGACUUUAGCAAAAUACAAAAUAAGGGUGGUUAUUUGGUUGUUUAAACAAUUUCCAUAUAAAUAAGUAGUAGUAUGAGUUUGAA